CUAUAAAAUGUGGUGGUUUUAGUGGGGUUGGGUGGACAGCUGGAAACACCCGACUUCGGAAUUGUAUCAGUGACUGCCUGUCCCUUAUUCUACACCGCUUACUUAACGUUUACAACUAUACGUAAAAGUAAAAAAACAGCUUAUCGGUGUGAUAACCCAUGCAUGGUUACCCCUCGAUCCCCCCCCGAGACCGCUAUGACAAUCGGUUUGUUGUUUCAUGCAUCUCAAAACUUUUCCUCAUUUCUCUCUCACUGUAUCUUUCUUAUUCCUCAUAUGAACUCAACAAUCUUUUAGUUAUACCUAUCAAGCGAUAUUAGUAUCAUAUUCGCUAGUGCGGCAACGAUCGCAAUGGGCGAAUCAAAGAAGAAGAGCAGUUGCGCAGAUGCUUGCUGUUCUGGUUCUACUCCCCAACCCCAAAAAGAGGUAAAAGAGAAUUGUUGCAGCUCAGGUUGCUGCGCCAGCGGGAAUGCUUUAGAAGUUGUUGAACAGGACGAUUGUUGUAAGCCGUCGGCUUCGAAUAACGAAGAGGGUUCUAAGGUUGCCGCCGACGUCAUUCCUCAACUCGACGAGUGUUGCAAGCCGGCAGAGCCAAUUGACUCUACUGGAUGCCAGGAUGGCUGCUGCAAGCCUAAGAAAGAGAUAAAUAUCGAGGAUCCCUGUUGCGAUACCCCAAACGUGGCCGUCAAAAACUCGACCGGAUGUUGCUCAUCUCAAGAUGAGCAGGAUGGCCAAGACAAUUGUUGCGGACCUGCGAAGGCCGUCGUUGAUAAUUGCUGCCAAGACUCUUGCUGUGGCACGCAAGAAAAAGUUGAUAAAGAAGAAUGCUGUGGCCCGCCCGAUGAUAUUUCACAGGAUACUUGUCAAGAUGGUUGCUGUUCAGCUGACAAACCUACUGCAAUUGAACCAUCUUGCUGCGAGGGCAAACAGAAGCCCUGCUGUGAUACAACGUGUAUCGACCGACUUGUGCUUCGCGAGACCGCUGAAGAAGCGGGGCAAGGUAACGAUGCAGCGGGAAGCUCCGCCCAAGGUUCAGCCUCUUCCAGAGAGAAAUCAAUUCGAGAGAGAUACGAGACUAGACUCGCCGCCAUUGGGUGUCUCUGUAGGGCACUUAUCGCCUUAGGCCAAGAGUCCUGCUGCGUUUCUCCUGAGGUAUCGUCAGUGGAAAGGAAGCGUGGAUCGAAGAAAGGGUCUAAGAAAUGUCUCCGCCCAAAGUCUCAAGAUAAACAGGAGUCAACUUGCAAAUCUGAAGUGGCGGGCACUUGCUGCUCACCUGCCGUGCAACGCAAAUCAUCUGUUUCUAGCCACCGACGCGCUAAAUCCUGCAGCAAAGGAUGCUGCGGUAAAGCAGAGAGCACCAAUAUCACAAUUGUCGAAAAGGACACUUGCUGCUCUAAAAAUUCUUCCUCUCAAGGAAGCGAUUGCCAGCAAGAAAAGAGCAUCGCCAUCGAGAAUUUACCACAGAAAGACGGAAGCGAAGAUGUCAAAAUUGCGAACCUUGAGAAAGGCAUGUCCGGGUCUGAGUACGUUGUUCUCGGUAUCACCGGAAUGACGUGCACAGGCUGCGAAACCAAAUUGCAGCAGACGCUGAAAAGAUUCAAAGCCGUGAAUAACCUCAAAACGAGUCUCGUAAUGGCCAGAGUCCAAUUUCAGCUGGACCUUCGCUUAGCUGCGCCGGAAGAUGUCAUCAAGCACAUCGAAAGGACAACCGAAUUCAAGUGCGAGAAAAUUGCGACUAGUGGUUCAACACUUGAUGUUGUUCCGGUUCAUGGGUCCAAAAAUUUCGUCCAAGAGUCCCCUCCACUAGGUGUGAAAAGUAUAGAUAUCGUCGAUGAACAAAUCGUUCGAAUCACUUUCGACCCAGAAGUCAUCGGGGCACGGGAUCUUAUUAAUAAAGGUUUUAAGACCCCCCAAGCCCUUGCACCUCCGCGCGCCGAUCCAUCGCUUGCCGCGGGAAGCAAGCAUGUUCAACACAUGGGUUGGAUGACCCUAGCCUCGAUACUUUUAACUAUACCGGUCUUGGUGCUGGCUUGGGCUCCGUUGAAAGAACGACCGGUCACAUACGGUAGUGUAUCGCUGGCGCUGGCGACUAUUGUUCAAGUCUUCAUCGCAGGACCAUUCUACCCAAAAGCCUUAAAGAGUUUAGUAUUUUCCAGGGUAGUCGAAAUGGAUCUACUGAUCGUCUUGAGUACCACUGCCGCAUACACCUUCUCAGUGGUAUCAUUCGGUUAUCAGGUUAGCGGUCAACCACUGCCAACUGGUAAUUUCUUCGAAACAAGUACCUUGUUGGUCACUUUGAUCAUGGUUGGGCGGUGGGUCAGCGCGUUAGCCCGCCAGAAAGCUGUCGAAUCAAUUUCUAUUCGAGCCUUGCAAGCUUCUACGGCGACCCUUGUCUCCCAAGAUGGUACUGAGAUUGACAUCGACACUAGACUACUUCAGUAUGGGGACAUCUUCAAAGUUGUGCCCCAUACCCAAAUCCCCACUGAUGGAGUUGUUCUCUCUGGUAUAACGGAAGUGGAUGAAUCAAUGCUAACAGGUGAAUCACGCCUUGUUGAGAAGAGAAUAGGCUCUACGGCCAUCGCUGGAUCUCUCAAUGGCUCGGGUACAAUUACAGCACGUCUUACCAGACUACCGGGAGAAAACACCAUUAGCACCAUUGCAGGGAUGGUUGAUGACGCGAAGCUCUCAAAGCCCAAGAUCCAAGGCCUCGCCGACCGAGUCGCAUCCUAUUUUGUCCCAGUGGUAAUAUCCUUGACUAUAGUCGUAUUCGUCGCCUGGGUCGGCGUCGGCAUUCGCAACCAAGGAAUGCCGGGGAGCGAAGCUGUGACACAAGCGAUAACAUACGGUAUCACGGUACUUAUAGUCUCCUGUCCGUGCGCGAUAGGUUUGGCUGUCCCUAUGGUCAUUGUAAUUGCAUGCGGCGCUGCAGCUGAGCGAGGUUUGAUUUUCAAGGAAAGUGAGGCUUUAGAAGUGGCCUAUAAGGCUUCACAUAUUGUGUUUGACAAAACUGGCACUCUAACAGAAGGGAAGCUUUCCGUUGUCUCGGAAGUAUAUCCGUCGGAAACUCAGGAAACCGUCACACCGAAGAUCUUAGGUUUAUUAGCCGAUAUUAACCAUCCGGUGUCAUCAGCCGUUACAGCCCACCUAAAAAAUCGAGCCGUCAAUGCCGCCAAAGUUAAUGAAAUCAAGUCCCUUCCGGGGAAAGGAGUCGAAGGUAAUACUGGAAAGGCUGCCAUCAAAGCUGGCAAUUCUCGUUGGCUCGGCACCGAGUCUCACCCUCUAGUGCAAGAUGUUCUCUCUAAAGGUCACACUACUUUUUGUGUGACCAUUGGGUCAGAACUGCAAGCUGUCUUUGGUCUAGCCGAUACUAUCCGAUCGGAUGCAGCAUCGGUUGUCGCCAAGCUUCAGAAACGAAAUAUCGCAGUGUCAAUUCUAAGCGGUGAUGACGAAAGUGCCGUUCAGGCCGUGGCUCUUAACCUAGGAAUCCCAGGAGGAAAUGCUAUGUCCCGUUGCUCACCAGCCGACAAGCAAGCUUAUAUUCAAAAACUACUCAACGAUCGGUCAGGAAAACAUGACAAGAAACAGCCCGUUAUCGUGUUCGUAGGCGACGGGACGAACGAUGCUGUCGCACUUACGCAGGCUACGAUUGGCGUGCACGUCAAUUCGGGCACAGACGUGGCAAAAUCUGCCGCUGAUGUCGUUCUAAUGCGGCCUUCCCUCGGCGGUAUCCUCGCCAUGAUCGACGUAUCUCGUGCUGCCGUGCGCCGUAUUACCUUCAACUUUGGCUGGAGCGCCGUGUAUAACGUAUUCGCGAUACUGCUUGCCGCGGGAGCGUUUGUGGGCGCGGGUAAGGGAGGCGUGCGUAUCCCGCCUGAGUUCGCCGGUCUAGGUGAGCUUGUCAGCGUACUACCCGUCAUUAUGGUUGCGCUCAGUCUGCGCUGGGCUAGGAUCUGAAGAUAUAGGGUGCCUUGAGCGCAAUUGAUGAGAGGUUGCAAUUCGAUACCGGAUCACGCGCUCCUACACCCGACUUACCCCUCGGUUGCGAUUCUCUACAAAGAGACACGUUCACUUCUUAUUUGAGUUGGCUGAAGAAUAUGUAUCCAGUCACAGCGAUGCCCCUAU